GUAACACACAAAGUGGGGGCAGUAUUAAUCAGUUGUCGUGUAAGGUAAGCCACAAUUCGGAAGUUCAAAGUUCAAACUCAAAAACAUCGUCUUCCUUUCUUUUCUUUCGUUUUGCUUUUUCCCACUUCAGCUUCAAAUCAUAUUCUUUUGGAGCAAUUUUAUUAGAGGAUGCUCUGUUUUCUUUUCUGAAGGCUCAACUGUUGGAGAGUGCUUGGCGUGGAGUUGGGGGUAGAAUCAGGAAACCAAAGGAAGGUUACUACCAGCUGCUAGUCUGAGCUACUGUUUUUCUUGCACAGAGAGAGAGAGAGAGAGAGAGAGAGAGAGAGAGAGAGAUGUUGGAAGGAAAAGCUGUGAUAAGAGAAACAGACAUGCCAGUGAAGAUGCAGAUCCAAGCCAUGGCUUCUGCUUCUCAAGCUCUUGACCUCUAUGAUGUUUCUGACUUCAUCUCCAUAGCUGCGCACAUCAAGAAGGAAUUGGACAAGGUAUAUGGGCGUGGAUGGCAAUGCGUGGUGGGUUCCAACUUCGGUUGCUUUAUCACUCAUUCACCAGAAACUUUUAUCUACUUUGCCUUUGAGACCCUCACUUUCCUCAUCUACAGGGGACCCUCUGCUUACCCCCAUUAGCUUGCUAUCAUACACACGACCAUGAGAGAGAGAGAGAGAGAGAGCUACAUGGGUUUGAUAUAUUUUUCUGAAUGAUCAAAAUAUUAACAGCAAAGCAUUUUAAAAUGUGUUCUAUA